AUGAAUCAAGCUACAAAUCAAAUGAUUGGUGGUCAACCUUUAAGGCCUCAAAACAAUAUUCACGUAAAUUUAUCUUUCGAUAACCUUACUGCAGAGCAAAAAUAUGAAUAUUUAACUAAAGGUAUAGAUCCAUUUGUCAAAGGAUCAGAAGCAAUUAAUCAGACAAUUUCUCAAUUCUCGGGGCAAGGAACAUGUUGGAUUUUGGAACGCAAAAGUACAUAA